AUUUUAAAUCUUAGGUUGUUAAAAUAAGCGUUGUUCUUCAUCAGAUCUAAAAAAAAUUUUGUGUUUGUAACUAAGUUUUUACUAAAGACCAGCGUUUAUAUUAAGAACAGCGUUCAUUAAAAAAAGAACUGUUUUUUGUUGUGCUUUGAUUCUCAGCUUUUUCGAAAUAUCAAAAAGUCGCUGUGUUCUCAUUUUAUUGUUUCACAGGCACAAAAAUCCUUUAAUAUAUUACAAAACAGAAUCAAAACUCACAUUAAAAGAUGUUUUGAAAAACUUGCUCGUCCAAUAAGUUUUGUAUAUUUAAUGUUUUCCUUUGUCAGAAAAUAAAAUAAUAAAAAUUAAUAAAAAUUAAUAAUGAAUGCUAAACAUAGGAGAGGGGAGGUUUUACGAUUUUAAAUCAUAAAUCUUUUAUUCAACUUUUCGCCUUUUAGCGCUUUCGGCAAUUAUAUAUUUUCAAGUAGUAUUUAAUAUAGUUUUAAAAAUUUAAUGCUAGUAGGAAAUAAAAAAACGGGAAUCGUAUCCUAAGAAUGAGCAUCUUAUCUUAUCAUUAAGAUUUAAAUGGCUUCUUCUGGUAGCAUAGACAAAUAUGAUUACGAUCUUGCUGGGCUGUCAUACACUAUUUUGGUAACGCCGGAUGAGCAGAAGCAGCCAACAAAUGUAUCCAAACUAAGCAGAAUUAUCAUAUUUCUAUUUGCUGCUAUACAGGCGCAGGUCGGUUUUCUCGCGUUGGGUAUACUCAAGUAUAAUUACACGUUUGGUAUAGUAAUGUUACCAUGUGGUAUUCUGUCAAUCGCAACUGGAAUUCAUGGUAUCGUCCUAUCGUUGCAACCCUCUGUGCGAUGUUUGUAUGCAACCUACAAUGGGAUGAGUGGGAUUUGUAUCAUAUAUUCGAGCGUUAUCCUCACCCUUUUAAACGAAACAUACAGAGGUACUGACUUGGAUAAAGUUUUACUAACCCUGAUCACCACUGACAUUGGUGUUGCAUUAUUGGCAUUUAUUUUAUGCUGCAAAGUUUUUGUAUGUUGGAGCAAGAAUGAAGAAGUCACGAGCGAUAUACUGUAAAUGAAUUAACCGUUGCUAACAUUGUCAGUAUGGUAUAAAAUAACCUAAAGGGAUUGGGGAUGAUAUUGAAGAAGUUCGAACAAAAUCAAGCACUUGAAUUCAUACUAUUGAAACUCAUUGAAGUGUUAUUGCACCACCACCACUGUUUUAAAAUGUGAUUCUAAAGUACUUGCACACGAAAUACUGUUUAUAAAUUUUCAAGACUAAAUUAUAAUAAGCGCUAUGAUUAUUUAUAUUAUAUGUAUAUAAUGCUGUUUAUGUGGUUAUUGAUAUUGUUUUAACCUGUUCAUUUACCUGACACUGUGUUUAAGAAAACUGUGCUGUUUUGAAAGGAUGUCUGCCCACAAAUUAAGUCUCUGCCCUAAUUGGAAUACGGCACCUCUACAAUGCACUUAAGUUGUCAAAUCUGCCCUUUAUAGUGGGAGCAUAUAUUUAUAGAAUCUCAGUAUAUUCGGUUCGAUCAUAAUAAUGAUCGGUUGUUUAUGACGACAAUAUGACUUUACUAGCUUUUCCUCAUUUUUAAUACCUUAGAUUAAUCGCAUUUGCCAUUUUGUCUGUUCGUAUCAUGACCUUUUCCUUAACAGAAGCCUAACAUAAUGAAAUGACGAAAUAAUGAAAAAAUGAAAUAAUGAAAUAAUAAAACCCUUUUUUAGCUUGGAUUUCGACAGGAAUAACGUUAUGUCAGCUAUGCGCAACAAGGGUCCCUAUCUUGGUGAUUUGUAUUGCUGAAGACAUUAAUUCGGGAAGGCAACAUAUGUAUUUCACUCUGUAUUUUGGAAAUGUUUGAUUUGCAAUGUUUUUCAUGUCAAAAUUUAUG